AAAAUUAAGGUCCGCUUAUUCUGUCUGUCGCCUUAAUCUCACUGUUUGUAAAUUCCGAUAUGAUCAUGUGGCCAACAAAGUUAGCGGAGUGAUAAAAAAGAUACCCUGAUCUCCACUGCUGUCCUUCUCCCCUUCCCAUUAAUACAUAUAUGCUAUCUUAAUCACAGACCCAGAAUACAUUUCUAGCUCUGUCAAGAAAACAAGCGGCAGAUUGAGUUUGGAAGAUGAGUAGUAGUACCGGCGGAAUAACAGGAAGAGGAUCAGGUGGAGGAGGAGGUGAUAUUAAUGAUCAGUCCGAAGACGAAGGAUAUGAGAUUGAUCAGAAGCGCCUGAGAGACUCGAGCAAGAGGUACUCUUGGAAGGGGAACUUGGCGUCUUUGAAAAGAGAGCUGAGCCUCAGUACAGCUUUCAGUGGGCCACUUGGAAGAGAUCAACGGAGUAGUAACGGCAGCAGAUGGGAUCGGUUUGUCAUUCGUCCCGAUAACUGGUGGUAUGUGUUGUGGACGUAUUUCAUCCUGCUAUGGGCGGUGUACUCGUCGUUCUUCACGCCCCUGGAGUUCGGUUUCUUCAGAGGACUCCCCGAAGACCUCUUCCUCCUCGAUAUCGCCGGCCAGUUCGCCUUCCUUAUCGACAUUGUCGUCCGCUUCUUCGUCGCCUAUCGCGACACCCACUCAUACUGCAUGAUCUACGACCGCAAUCUCAUCGCGCUUCGCUACUUGAAGUCUCGGUUCUUGGUUGAUUUACUGGGUUGUUUUCCUUGGGAUGCUAUCUUCAAGGCUUCUGGUAGGAAAGAGGUAGUCAGGUACCUCUUGUGGAUUAGGCUCAGUCGAGCACUCAGAGUGACAGAGUUUUUUGAGAAGUUGGAGAAAAAUAUCAGGAUAAAUUACCUCGGUACAAGAAUUGUGAAACUUUUUGUUGUUGAACUCUAUUGCACUCAUACAGCUGCCUGCAUCUUUUACUAUCUUGCUACCACUGUUCCUCCCGCGGAGGAAGGUUACACGUGGAUUGGAAGUUUGAAAUUGGGUGACUACAGCUAUUCACACUUCAGAGAAAUUGAUCUUUGGAAGCGAUAUGUGACAUCUCUUUAUUUCGCUAUUGUUACCAUGGCAACUGUUGGUUAUGGAGAGAUACAUGCGGUCAAUGUCAGAGAAAUGAUAUUCAUUAUGUUUUAUGUAUCGUUUGACAUGAUUCUUGGUGCUUAUCUGCUUGGUAACAUGGCAGCACUGAUAGUAAAAGGAUCAAAGACAGAAAAGUUCAGGGAUAAAAUGGCAGACCUUAUCAAAUAUAUGAAUAAGAACAAUCUUGAUAGGAACAUAAGCAAGGAGAUCAAAGGUCAUCUGCGAUUACAAUAUGACCGCAGCACCACAGAAGUUGGUUUACUUCAGGAUGUUCCAUCCUCUAUCCGGACUAAGAUUUCACAGAACUUAUAUGAGCCGUAUGUUAAAGAAGCUUCUCUUUUCAAGGGGUGCUCUUCGGGAUUCAUAAAGCAGAUUGCAAGCAGAGUCCAUGAGGAGUUUUUCCUGCCUGGAGAAGUUAUUGUAGAACAGGGAAACGUAAUGGAUCAACUUUAUGUCAUAUGUCAUGGUGAAGUGGAGGAGGCGGGAAAAGUGGAAGAUGAUGAAACAGAAGAAUCUCAUAAGCGUUUGCAAGCCUACAGCUCAGUUGGAGAGGUUUCUUUUCUUUGUAACAAUCGUCAGCCCUGUACAGUUCGAGCUCGUGAACUAUGUAAGGUCUUGCGACUUGAUAAACAAUCUUUUAUAGAGAUCUUGGAGAUAGGUUUUCCUGAUGGACGGACUAUCUUGAGCAAUCUCCUUGAGGGAAAGGACUCCAAUCUUCAGAGAAAGAUUUUGGACUCGGAUGUGACUUUGUAUAUUGAACAGCGUGAAUCAGAGCUGGCUAUGAGGGUUAAUUGUGCUGCCUAUGAUGGAGAUUCUUAUCGACUAAAACGUUUGAUCAGUGCAGGAGCCGAUCCCAAUAAGACAGAUUAUGAUGGAAGAUCACCUUUGCAUAUUGCUGCAUCCAAAGGAUAUGAAGAUAUUGCUCGCUUCCUUAUCGAGCAAAAAGUGCUCAUCAACAUUUUAGAUAAGUUCGGGAACUCUCCCUUGCUUGAAGCCAUCAAGAAUGGGCAAGAUCAAGUAGCUUCUUUACUUGUUAAGGCUGGGGCAGAACUUACCAUUGAUGAUGCCGGUGGUUUUCUCUGUACGACCAUUGCAAGGAGGGAUUUUGACCUUCUUAAAAGGGUUUUGGCCAAUGGCAUUAAUCCAAAUUCCAAAAACUAUGAUCGCCGAACAGCACUUCACAUGGCUGCCUCAGAAGGGUUAUAUUCAGUGGCAGAGUUACUUAUAGAAGCAGGAGCAAGUGUUUUAUCAAAGGACAGAUGGGGUAGUACCCCAUUUGAUGAUGCCUGCAUAAAUGGAGAUAAGAAUUUGAUCAAGCUGCUUGAAGUUGCAAGAACUUCUCAGUUGUCUGAGUUAUCUGAUGGUGCCCAAGCAAGUCGAGUAACAGAUGAACAACGACAGAAGAAAUGCACAGUGUUUCCCUUUCACCCAUGGGAUCCCAAAGAGGAGAGAAGAGAGGGAGUGGUGUUGUGGGUUCCACAAAGCAUUCAUGAUCUCAUCAAAGAAGCAAGGGAGCUGUUGAAAUGUUCAAGUGGCUCUUGUAUUUUGUCAGAAAAUGGAGGCAAAAUUCUGGACAUAAGCAUGGUUACUGAUGAUCAGAAGCUAUAUUUGGUUGGUGAAGCACAAAAUGGGUAAUUAGGGUAACUGUACUAACUAGAGUGAUUUAAGAUUCUGCAAAACUGGGAAACAUUCAUCUUGCAAGUUAGUCAUCUGCUAAAUGCUUGGCUGCUUGGCAUGUCUAGAAUAUAUCCAGACACGUUCAUGUAAGAACAUAAUUAUCAGAACAACACCCUAGAGAUUGCUAUA